UUAAAGUUAAGAUGGCUGCGGGAGAGGGGAGAGUGUUUGAGAAAUCAUCAAAUGGGAUGUUUAUCUGUCGCUAACAGGAUGCACAGCUGGCCCGAAGAGGGAGUGGUUAAUUGGUUAGCGUCGCCGGGUCACCGCGGAGCACUUGGCCGGCUGUUUGUGCGCCGGGUUUGGGUCCGUCCGCCGCUCAUUGCUCUGACAUUGUGGAAUUCAGCAGCAGCAGCAGCAGUAGCUAGGCGUUAGCAGGCAGCUAGCAGCUAGCUAGCUAGCUAGCCGAGGAAAUCUGCCCCAUCUCCUGCAAAAAUAUAUAUAAAAAAAAUAAAGUAAAAGAAAAACAACAACAAGAGUGCCGUAAUCGUCCCGCCCGGCUAUGGAGUGGUGUUGGCUUCAGACUGGAUGACAGGGUCCGCAGGGAGGACAGGAACACAAAGUUUUGAAGUCAGCAGCCCUCGUCCCUUUGGCGUCCGCUGAACGGCAGCGACAGCUCGUUCAAGCGUCGUCUCUUCUCCUCCGACUGGGAUCGCCUCCCCUCUCCUCGCUCUCCCUCUCCUCCUCCGUCCACGUCUUGCCCUUUCCUUCCCCUCCUGGACUCUCUCUCUCUCUUUCUCUCUCUCUCUCUCUCUCUCUCUCUCUCUCUGUUCUCUGGCCGAUUCCUCUCUGUACUCCGACAUCCCCUCCUUUCCCCCCCCCCCUCUCCCUCCCCACUGGUCUUUGAGUCAGCGAGACCUUUCACCUGCCUCCCGCCGGGAUCGGAAUGAGCUGGCUUAGCAGGUUGAACCCCCGGUCUGGCCGCAGCGCCGUCCCCUCCGCCGCCCCCUCCGGCCCGUGCACCGCCGACCCAGAGACCUGCCUCAUGGUGUUUGAGAACCACUGGAGACAGGUCUCUUGGGUCUUGGAUCAGCGAGAGGCAUCCUCCUCCAGCGACGACCUGACGGCGGUGCGAAACAACACCGACCAGAUGUUAUGUCUGCUGGCCGAGGAGCGGCCCGCCGAGAGCCCGGAGGGCGGCCCGUGCGCGGCGCCCAUGGGCCCCAUACUGGAGCUGGUCGUCACCGAGAACAUCCUGGAGCGCCUGGUUCAGUGGCACCUCCGGCGAGGCCUGGACCCGGACAGUCAGGGCGCUCUGCUCAAGUUGUUCGAGAUGCUCAUCGGCCAGUCCCAGCAGCCUCUGCUGCAGCACACGGCCGUUCUUCACCCCCUGCUGAGGCUGCUGGGAGCGUGCGCUGACCCAGAACUCGGCUGUCCCCCGGCCUUGGAGAACAGCCUGGUGCUGCUGCUUAAUCAGGUUUGCGUGUCCAUGGCUCGGCAGCCGGUGGUCCUGGAGAUGCUGUUCCAGGCUGCGCCUGCCAAGCAGGGCUCCACUAACCUGCUGAUCUUCUCCCUCCUCGUGCCGUUCAUCCACCGGGACGGAGCCAUCGGACAGCAGGCACGAGACGCGCUGCUGCUGGUGAUGGCGGCCUCGGCCAGUAACCAGGCGGUGGCGCGGUACAUCGCUGAAAACUCCUAUUUCUGCCCGGUGUUGGCGACGGGGCUCAGCGCCCUCUACUCCUCUCUGCCCAGGAAGAUCGAAGUCCGAGGAGAUGACUGGCAUUCCCUGCGACGGGAGGACUGGAUGGGCGUGUCGUCUCUCGUGCUUUUCAUGAACUCCUUGGAGUUCUGCAACGCCGUGGUGCAGGUUGCACAUCCCAUGGUCCGCUCUCAGCUCCUGGAUUACCUCCACAACGGCUUCCUCGUCCCCGUCAUGGGCCCCGCCCUGCACAAGCUACGCGCUGAUGCUCUCGUGUUUGAGUCGUCGGUGGACGAGAUGAUAGCCAGCACCGCCUACCUGGACCUUUUCUUGCGCAGCGUAACGGAAACAUCGCUCCUCAAAACCUUCCUGCGCUUCAUCCUGCUGCAUCGCCAUGACAAUGACACCAUCCUGGACACGCUGCUCACGCGCAUCAGCAGCAAUUCAAGGCUCUGCAUGGUCUCAUUGAGUCUCUUCAGGACUCUCCUGUCCCUGCAUUGUGAAGACAUCAUGCUGCAGCUCGUUCUCAGGUAUCUUCUGCCCUGUACCCAUGUAAUGCUGAGUCAGCGUCGGGCUAUCAGGGAGACAGACAUGUACGGGAAGUCGGCGAACAAGUUCCUGUCGCUGAUCCCCGAGUGCUGUCGCCUGAAUGCAGCGAGCUCCGCCGACCGGGACGACGACAAUCCAUUCUGGGGCAAAGUACUGAGCAAUCCGAGCACUGAAGCUCCAGCUCCAGCCAGACCUAGCACCCCUUCCCGCUUAUCGUUCUUCAUGCGGCAGCAGAGCAGCGGUGGGGGACCAGGAGGAGGGGGCUCCUCUAACCCCACCACCACGGACCCGUUGCACUCGGGUCCCUCCGCCUCCCACCCUUUGUCCCCCGACAGUCCCAUGCACCAGCAGCACACCCACACAGACUGUCUGGAGUGGGACGCGGGCUACCUGGAGUACCUCAAGGAUGCGCGUCGGGGUAUCGAGCAUUGCUCCUGGGCCUGCCGCGAUUGGUCCGCACCUUACGAUGGGGAAAACCCCUCCCCGAGCACAGCCCCUCCGCCUCCGCCUCCUCCCACCUCCAACCCCUCCAUGGCAAUGUUCCCUGAGCACUUUUCUUUCCAGCACGGCGGAAGCAGUAGCACUCCUCCCGCCCAGCAGAGGGCUGCCAUCGUGGCGGCAGCGCGGUCCGAAUGGAGCAGUUCGGACCGGGACAGCGGCGAGUGGGACGUCACGAUAGGCAAGAACAGCUGCAUCAGCCUCACGCCACGCUCCAAGAAGCGCACCCUCCAGACGGAGGAGCUCCUUCCUAAAUCCGUGCCCCCUCUUGUCCCGUCCUCAUCUGCGGCCUCCUCUUUGUCAGCUUCACACUCCGCCUCUUCCCCAAGUCAGCACAUUUCCACGUCCAACAUCACUGUGAGCUACCAGCCGCUGUACAAUGGAACAAUCAGGCAGGGGGACGGCUGUUCAGACAGCCGGGAUCGAGGGCUAGAAGUGAAGAAAGUCAAAAGAGACUUGGGGGAGCAGCAGCUCUUAGACGAGAACGCCAAUCAAAACGGAUCUCCCGUCCCCUACCCCGCCCCCCAGUCUAUUUUCAGCACCAGGAACAGCGGCGACGUGAAAUCUCUCCAGUUUCCUGCCCAGGCCUCCACCCCUGACACCAAACAGCUGACCAACAACACCUCAGGCCCACACAGCACAUCCUCAGAUCUUCCAGAAACCACCCAGUCACAGAAAUCGGUGGAGCGGCUCAUCGAAGAGCUGCUGGAACAGGCUCCGGACGACCCCCAGCUCCCCGCCGAUGCCAACGGUCAGGGCAUCAGCAUCGAGGCCUUCACCCAGGAGCUGAGGGAGCUUGAAGACCGGGUGAAGGAGCGGAGCCAAGCCGCCUGCCAGCAGUCCGACGCAGCUACCGACUCCCUGUCCGCGGAGCAACAGGAGGAGGAGCAGCUAUCCGCAACCCUCAAUGCAAAACUAGCCGGUGACGUCAAGGGGGAGGGAUCUGAGGUGGGAGUCUGUAGUCCUGCCAGAUCGCUUAACCAGCCUGCCUCGCAACCAUACACAGGCCCGUUUAUGGUGGUUCUGUUUGCCAAGCUUGAAAACAUGCUCCAAAACUCUUUGUACGUCAACAUCCUGCUCACUGGCAUCGUAGCCCAGCUGGCCUGUUAUCCUCAACCCCUCCUCCGCUCCUUCCUGCUCAACACCAACAUGGUCUUCCAGCCCAGCGUCAAGUCACUGAUCCAGGUUUUAGGUUCUGUGAAGAACCGCAUUGAGGCGUUUGCAGCUUCUCACGAAGACUUCCCCGCCAUGCUGAGGAAAGCCCAGCAGUACCUGGUGGCUCGAGGGAAAGUGGACUGGACGGACAUGUCUGCAGCAGUUCCCCCGCUGCGGCGCUCUGAUUCGCUGAUAAAAAGCCGAAAGCCGUCUCUUGGAGACCUGAUCCUCCGACACACCAACAGUCCCACCCGGGCGCGGCACGCGGCUCAGCUGGCGCUGGCCCACGUCCGGGACGGCGGCCAAUCACUGCACAGCGCUCUGUUCCGGGGUGGCGGCGGCUCGUCCGGGCUGGAGAAGCAGGCCGAGGCGCUGCGGGUGAAAAACGCCGUCUACUGCGCGGUGAUUUUCUGCGAGUUCCUCAAAGAGCUGGCAGCCAUGGCUCAAGAGCACGCCGUCACUUUACCUUUCCCUCGGAGCCAGAAGGCGGAGGAAUAGAUGGCUAAACGCAAACCCUUGAAACCUGGCUCUGGCUUCCACUUUUUUUUCUUUCUUUUUUUUUUUUGAAGCUGUAAAAUGUGUUUCUCCCCCCUCAUCAGACUUUCAGUCGCUGAAAUAAUCAUCUGUCAACGGCGUAGGCAGGAAAACAGGAGGGAAGCAGUGGCAUUUUUCUACCAAAAUGAUUAGAAGAUACUGAAUCAGCUAUUCCAGUCCUUUACCUGAAGACCUUGUGCAUAUCAUGUAUUUACAUUCUGUACACAGGAAGUCUCAGUAAACACUUGGGAGCUUGUAAAUACACAUACCAUGCCGUGGUGUCAGUAGACCACAGAUUAAAAAGAGUAGGUGCACACAUUGGUGCUAGUUCAUACUCCUCGUGUUUUGGUUUGUAAGGGUGCUCUCAGGUAGCACCGACACGAAGGUCACCUCCUCAAACAAGACGACACCAAAUAUUUCUUGGCCCGGGGAAGCAUUGAAGGUAAAUGAGAGUCGACAUCCGUGCGUCAAGCUCGUCUUAGCUUUCAUCCUUUUUGUUUUUAUCUUUUUAUUUAGGACCGGGCCAACAAAAGGCCAGGUCCGUCUUUGUGGAAAAAAGUCAGUCCGUGGUUUUGAAAAGCAAAAUUAUAAACUGGAAAAACAAAGAUUGGAAGAGAUUUCUUUUCUGUAACGGAAUUACAAAAUGUACUGGAAAGUAUUAGAUAAUUAAUGCCAUUUUAAAAUUUUUGUAAUGUUUUUUUUUUUGUUUUUUUUUUUCUUCUAAUUUGCACCAUUUACUUGACAUAUCAGCAGCAUGUGGGCGUAGGCAUGUGCCAUUGUGUAAGUUUAUUUUAAUGAAGGCCUCCUUUCCAAAGGGGGACGCCAGUUCUUGGGGCUAUUAGUGAGUCAUCAGGCCGUAGCCAUAAAAGAAGCUGGGACGGAAAAAAAGACGGCACUGUGUGAAGUCAAUUUUUUUCCUUAAUUUUUAAGAGAUCUGCCAGUUAGCAUUGUUUAUUUUCUAAGGAAGCUGGGCAUAUUUUCAAUCCACUUGGAAUUGGUUAAAAAAAUCUCUUGAGGCAUUCAACGUUCUCAGUGUUUUUUUUUAUUUUUUUUUUUUUUUUUUUAUAAGCGAGCUGCAAAUUAAGGUUUGAAGAAGCCAUCUCUAUUCAUUUUUAACUUUUUUUUUUCUUUGUGUUUCUUGUUAAAAAGGCUGGACUGAUUGAAGGUUUUGUCUUGAAAAUUAACAUGCUGCUAUAUAUGUUUAAUUUCAACACUAACAUUGGUUUAAUUCGUGUCAUAGCUACUGUUUCUUUGGUUUGUUGUUAGGUACCAGAUAUAAAUGUGCAUGUAAGGAUGUUGAAUUGCUGUAGCCACGAGUGAUCAGCAUCUAUUUUUUUUCAUGAGACAUCCAAGGUUGAAUUAAGUUGCAGGUUUUCAGUGUUAAAAGCUUUUGCCAAGUUUUCCCUACAUUUACCCAAAAUCUGUUAAUUUCUCGGUUGUUUUUUAUUAAAUAUCUGGUGUUUUUUGCACUUUUAUUAAGAAAAUGAUACAUUGUUUUUUUGUUUUUUUAAAUAGAGAUGCACCUAUCUGAACUUUUUGGCUAAUUUUUGACCUCUGGUUUUUGUGAAGCCUAUCCAUCAAUUUUGUUCCUAUCGAAUAGGUGUUAAUUAUAGAAAAAGAUAGUUGCCGAGGCGGCGUCACAUGGCGUAACAGAGCAGAUGCUGUACAGCAGCAUUUUACUAAUAUUUUCUAAUCGCCUCCAAAAGAAAACCUGACAUUUUAAAUGUUUUCCGCGUCCUAUUUUAGCAGCUAGCAUGUUUAGCAUGGCUAAAACUGCCGUCACUGUGUUUAUACGUUUGUGGAUGUAGAGCCUUAGAAACUGAGAUUUCUGAAAUGCUGAAAAUAUUUUCAAAUCCAAAAUGUUUCAUUCUGAAGCUGAAGGCUCAAGUGAAUAAUAACGGAGCAACUUAGCAUAAUCCGUUAAGCCUUCCUGUUUUUUUUUGGUUACAUCUUGUGCUCUCCUGCAGCCUGAAUGAACACCACAGGCAUGUCUGUGUUUUGAUUUAGCAUCGUAGCUUCUUAAAACUCUCUGCUUCUCUACGUUAGUGUUCAACGCCCCACUGAUUCUGAAAAUGGCCAAAUAUUCCCGGUGCAUCUCUAUUUUAAAUUAUCGAUUUAUUUUAAAUUGCCUUUAGAGAACAGAGUGACACGAUCAUUUGUCUCAACUUUUUACCGUGGAACAUGUUUCUUUGCACAUACUAGCGUUCUCUUUCUCUAAACUCCUAGCAGCAGAGAAACUGCCUAAUGUUCUGUAAAGUCUUUUUCUCUGAAUUCAUCUUUCAUCUUUACCCUAAAACGGAGGCUUUUUCAGCUCGAUAAAGCCACGUCUUUUAUUAUGUUUGUAAAUUUGAUACAUCGUUACGCCACUUUUCUACUGACUUUCUAGGUCCAUUUCACACCAGCUCUUAGUUUUUUAUCGAACUGAUACUAAAAAAGUUUCUGCAUGCCACUCGGCCUGGUUUAGAGAAAUGUAAGUUAAUCCGUGUUUGUGCAGUAACAACGAGCUUCUGUGAUGGAGGUCCAUCCCUUUACCCGCGGAAGUGGGCGGAGAGAACACAGGCAGGUUUUUACUCUGAAUGUUUCUCUUCACGUAGAAAGUUUACCCACUGCCACCCGUCCGCCCAUCGCUUCAUUGGUUCUGCUCUGCGGCCAGCGCCGUCGGCCCUCAUCAGGUUCCUCCAUUUGCACUCAAGAUUGUGUUUUUUUUUUUUUAACUGACUUUUUUUUUACCACAUUGACCCGAUUGUAAAUAUGAUUGUAAAGAUUCUCAGUGGACUCGCCGUAGUGUCACUGGAUCAGGCUCGAUGUCGACCGAGCGCCUAUUUACCAUCGACGAUCUGUUUCUCUUUGAUGCAUUCAUGGACACCAAAGACAAUCGCCUGAAACCCACAGCCCCCCCACGUCUACCCUCAGACGGUUGAAUCCAUACACUGUAAUCAAGAUUUUCCAUGCAGGAAUAAUUCAACUUUUACGUUAACCUCUUUUUUUUUUUUUUUUUUUUUUUUUUUUUUUUAAAGAAAGUGCCAAUUUUAAGUUUUCAGGUAUAAAAUAAACCAGACCGCCAAUCAUGUAUGAUUUUCUUUAAGUUACCUUUUUGAGUUUUGUAUACACUCCCAGAGUCAAAUCCCUCUUUUUACUUUAUUUUUUGUUUAAACUAGUUAUAAAAUAAAGAUGUUGGUUUAUAAAGGAGACCUUUGAUAAAAGGAUAAAUCCCAUCAGGGACUUUGAUGUCUUCCUAAUCUGGAUCUGUUUUUUUUUUUUUUUUUAUUUUAACUAGCCUAUGAAAAACUCAAGCAGAACAAAGUAGAAAUAAGAAAUGGCAAAUUUAAUCAAAGCUUCAUUGUUCCUGUGAUUCAUUAUUCAGAUUUCCAAUCAUUGCCUCUCAUUCUAAGGACUCCCAGCUAUCAGUGUGUAAAAAUAGAAAAGCCCAAUAUUGUGAACUCGCAUUGGUAGUGGAGCGCCGCAAAAAGGGAACUAAAAAUAAGUGAAAUAUUUCUUGAAAUUAGUUUAUUUGCCCUUGAUUUGAGCAGGUAAAUAAGAUGAUCUACCAAUGGCAUAAGAUCUUCGCACUUAAAAUAGGAACAAUUCAUCUCCAUCUUAUUUGAUGUGCUGUUUAGCUGAUUAUCUUAUUUUAGGGGUCAAAUACUCACUGCAGAGAGUGCAGAACUCUGACCACUCCAGCUGAGCCUUUCCCUCAUUUAGCUGAAGGUUCUUAGGUUUUUGUGGACUUCUUUCCCCACAUUUAGACUUCAAAGAUUUAAAUAAGAAGCUUUAUCUGUUUUUUUUUGUUUAUUUUAUCAGAUUUUUUUUUUCCUUUUGAUUAACUGACAAAGAUGAUGAUGAUUAGUGAACUCAAAGUUAGCGAUCAGCACAUUACGUGCCAUGUUGCAGAUUGUUACACAUUUAUACACUACAGAUGAUCUGUUCAUCACAGUUUCUGGAGUUUAGUCUAAAUUUAGAACAUUUUGGCUUCUCUGCAAACAUGCAAGCUUUUCCUGUCUGGUUGAAUUUUAGCUUCACUUCUAUUUAGAUUGUUCGUUUCUAGCAGAUGGAAAAUGUACCUGAAGUGUAUUUGUUUUAUGGUCUGCUCGUACUGUACCAUGUUUGAUUUUUCCAUCAUGGGAUGUCCACUGUCUUCUGUAUCCUUUCUUGAUCCAACUUUUCAUCUCCUGUGCAAUCUAUGCAACAGUCGCUCUGGUAUCCCUGCUUUUAUAGCUGAAUGAUGACGUGGAAAGAAUUUAACGUGUAAAUACUGUGUUUAAAAAAAAAAAAAGAAUAGCUCAAUCAGAUCAGUCGGUCUAAAUGAGAUGUGUUAAACAUUGGGACAGAAUGGAAAUUGUUUUUAAAUGAUGUAAUGAUGAAUGUUGUCGUAAAUACUUUUUUAUAACGGGAAAUCGCUAGGAGAAAUAAAAAAAACAAACAAAAAAAUCAUAGUGGGAAAGCUGUCAGAAGAACACUACAAAGGGAAGUUUUUAUUAAUUUAUAAAUUCAUUGCUUAGCAAUAUCA